AUGUUAAGCUUGAGUCUUUAACAAAGCAAAAAACAAAAAUAUAAGUCUGUUAGUUCAGAUGAAAGAUAAAAAAUAAUCAAAAUGUUUUUGGAAAAUGCAUUUUCUGCUACACAAGUAUUUCAAAUUUAUAAUUCAGAUAGCUCACCUUACAGGCCAUAAUUUAUCAACGAUUAAGGCUAUAUACAGAAUAUAUAAAAAUGAAGGCAGAAUAAAUAAAAAAGAAAGGAGAGAUAGGCAAAUCCAAAUCAAAAAAAAUAUGCUCGUUUUAGUAGUUGAUGAAAAGUAAAUGAUUAAUACUAUAAUUAUAGAACAAAAAAAAUGAAUGUCAUAGCUAAAAAUUAGCUAAAGCAAGAUCUAAUUCUAAAGAACAUAGAUUAACCAUAAGAAUCAUUCUAAAAUACAAUUAAUGAGACUUUAUAAAAUUCUGUGAAUGAUGUUCUUUAGCAAUUAGAUAGUUAAUAAUCAAAGUAAUUCUUUAAUACAAUGAUAAAAAAUGCACAAAAAGAUGGUUUAGAAAUAAAAGAAUUCUAAGAGAUUUCUGAAUUCUCAGAGGAAGUUAGCUAAAGAUUUAAGAUAUAAUCUUAAGUUUAAUAUUUUCGAAAUCUUUUCUCUCCGAAAGAAAAGUCCUAACAGCAAUAAUAACUCUUGUAUCCCCAGAACAUUGAAUCAUAGCUCUAUAAAAAUCUCUCUGACCUCAAAAAAAUUUUUGAAUUCUAAGUUAAAGAUUAUUUUCAAAAAUCCUAAUGA